AACAACAUCACUUCCUGUGCUGCUGUCAGCUUCGACACUGUCACAGUGGGUUAUAGAGGAAUCUUCCAACAUAGUACGGAACUAGAGAGCAACCAGGAAAUUCCUUUCUUGGGUUUGGCCAGGGAAGAGAUCUUGUGUAUAUAUACGGUAAUGGAGCUCACUAGGAAUAUGCAGAGCUACAGACAUCAGAGCAGACAGAUUUCAGAAGAAAUAGAUAAGGUCUACAUCUGCAAAUAUGGGUGCCCUCCUCAGCAGCCUUUACCAAGCUCUUAUGAGCUUCUCUGGCACCAAGGCUCGGAUCUUGAUGUUGGGUCUGGACGCUGCUGGAAAGACUACCAUCCUCUACAGGCUGAAAUUGAAUGAGACAGUACGUACAAUCCCAACCAUCGGAUUCAACGUUGAGACUGUGGAGCCCAUCCGUAAUGUGACCUUUACUGUCUGGGAUGUACCCGGUCAGGGAAGACUUGUUAACCUGUGGAGACACUACUAUCCCAAUACAGAUGGGUUGAUUUUUGUGGUGGACAGUGCCGAUACAGAGAGGUUUGAUGAAGCCAGGACAGCACUCAGUACUAUGCUGGAGGAUGAUAACAUGAGAGGUGUGCCCUUCUUGGUGAUGGCCAAUAAGCAAGAUCUCCCAGGUGCCAAGAAACCUAUGGAGCUUUCGGAAGAGUUGGGACUGGUGAAGACAAAAGGACAUCCGUGGCACAUCCAGGGUUGCUCUGCAACCAAUGGGGAAGGACUGGUGGAGGGGCUGGAGGUCUUCACCAACUUCGUGAAGCAGUUUCAGAAGAACAAGACUUGCCAAGAGGGCUAAAUUCAUGUCUAUCCAUAUUAUGUUGUCUUUUCUUGUCUAAGGACUCUGAGCUAUAUGAGUGUACAGCAUUAUUACACGGUUAUCAACUUCUUCUUCACAAGCCGAGGAGCGGAGGAACCGUGCCGGCCAAAGAGCUCCAGCUCCUCCUGUCAUCUCUACCAUGUAAGACUAUCAAAGGAAAGGUUUUGUGACUUCUGACUAUCUGGUACUGUGAAAAACCACAUUUAAAGGACUGGUUGUAGGUUCUAAAACAAAUUGUAGUUCAAAAAUGUAAAAAUUUGUGAUUUCACUGACAGAUUUAACAUUAAUGGGUCUUACUAAUUUAGCGCCUGGCUACUUUCAGAGCCGGUGCUAUGUUAAAUUUAGGGGGAGAAUUUAGAGAAAUAGUUAGAUCUGAAUUAGUUUGAUUGUUUAAAUUUGGGUCUCUGCUCUGGCUUGGCUGUACUGUGGGCUGGCCUUUCGUUCGGGGACUCCCGUCACCCCCGGAAGGCAGGUGGCAGCAGUGGGGUCAAGUGAGACUGAGUAUCUCUCCUUGGCGGCCAGUCAGGGGUGGGCCGCCUCACUGUGCAUGCUGGGGAGGGGUAUAAGGGGGGCA